UGACCUAAAAAAAUUCACGAAAUCUCGCGAUAGUUGGAGACGAUAAAUCCAGCGCGUGCGGCUCCCCUUUUAACCAAUCUGUCUUUUCCUCCUGUAGUAGCGUACGGACGCAUCACAGAUUAUGGCAGCAGUUGACAUUAUCUCCAAUCAGAAUGUGGUGGAGAGGGUUACCAAUCUCCCUCUGGUGAGCUCCACGUACGACCUGGUGUCCAGCAUGUACUGUAACACCAAAGAAAACCACCCAUACAUCAGGAGUGUGUGUGAGGCUGCGGAGCAAAGUGUCCGCACCAUCACCUCCGUGGCCUUGACCACUGCCACACCCAUCAUUGACAAGCUGGAACCACAGAUUGCCAUUGCCAACAACCUAGCCUGUAAAGGUUUGGACACGAUUGAGAAAACUCUGCCCAUUCUUCAACAACCCUCUGACCAGAUUGUUUCCAGUGCCAAGGACGUGGUGAACACGGCUAAGGACGUUGUGACCGGAACUGUGUCCAACGCCAAGGGCACAGUCUCUGACACUCUCACCAGCGUUGUUGAAAGGACUCGGGACGUGGUGCACGAGGGGAUAGAGAAGACCAGGACUGUGGUCAGUGGGAGUGUCAGCACAGUGCUGGAGAGCAGGGUGGCUCAGCUGGUCAGCAGCGGAGUGGACACAGCCCUCAGCACAUCUGAGCACCUGAUGGAGCAGUAUCUGCCUCUGACUGAGGAUGAACUGGCAGAGUUGGAGGCGAAGACAGUCAAGGGAUUUGAUAGGAAGGAGCUGAGCUACUACGUGCGACUCGGUUCCCUCUCCACAAAGCUAAGGAAAAGGGCGUACACCGGAGCUGUGGGCAAAAUUAGAGAUGGAAAGCAGCGCAGCAUGGAGUUCAUCUCCGAGCUCAACUACACAGUUGACCUGAUUGAGUACAGCAGAAAGAAUAUUAGUGGAGCUAAUCAGCUUGUAAACAAUAGGCUGAGCUCCAUUGUGCCAUGGAAGUCCAAGGGUCCAGACCAAGAGAACAGUCAUGAGGCUGAGGCAAUCGAGUCAUACACCUUGACCCUCGCACGUUCCCUCACCCAGCAGCUCCAGACCACCUGUCUUGUCCUCAUGUCCAGCCUACAGGGCCUACCCAACAACAUUCAGGAGGCAGUCUCCCUCAGCAACUCAGCCUCACAGAUCUACUCAAACUUCAACAAGGCCAAGGUGCUGGCGGAUCUGUCAGACAGCGUGCUCUCCAGCAGCAGAACACAACUCCAAAAAAUGACCACUUCUCUAGACAACGUCACAGAUUAUCUGGUGAACAACACACCACUCAACUGGCUCGUAGGGCCCUUCUACCCCCGGAAGACCCCUGAACAGGGUCACGUUCCGACCCCUGCAGAUGGCGAGAUCCCAGUUUUUCCUUCUAACUUGCCAUCCACUGAGCCACACUGAGAGUUGUAGUGUUAGAAGUCUGGAGAUGGGAUCACUUAAUUCCAAGAAGAACUAGUGACCUUUCGACAGCUUGUUUUGUAGUCUUAUCGUACUAUUGACGACUUAUUUAGUCGUGUUGUGUUUUCCCAGAUCUUAGAUUCUGUGAUAAAGAAAAAUUAAUUUUAUACUUUCAAACACUAUAUAUUGCUGAAAUCCUGUUGCUGCUUUUGAAGUUUUAGACACUUUCAAGUACUCUAUAAAGACUUAAUCCAGAGCCAUAUUUAUCCAUAAAUAAAUCAGCUACUCUUCA